UCAGGACGCACCGGCCCCGCCCAUUCCUCGACCGUUCGCAGGGGCUACCAUGGCCGAUUCUUGCGUUUCGGCGUUCUCUGUUUACCGGAGCCUGGAGGCUGAUAACGGGUUCUGGACUCAGACUGAUAGAUCUUCAAAUAAGACAAGUCAAGAAAAACAGAAACGUUCACUCUCUUUGUCCAGGAGGAGGAAGAUAAUCAAGAAGAAACGAAAAUGUUUAAAAGCUAACCUCGAAUCCUCAUUGGAUAUUAAUGUUGUGAAUAAUGCUGAAAUACUACAGAGAACAAAUGACUGUGCCAAGAAGGAGCCCAUGGAUUCCCAUGCUAAAAGAAAAAUUAACAGCAAACGGAUUCGUAAAAUUAAAAGGAUGAAGUUAAAGUCUAAGAAAUUUGAAGCACUGUCCAGCGAUGUUCCAACAAGCUGUUCAACAGUACAGAGCACAACAGCCUCCAAAUCAAAGUUUCCCACGAAACCUUUUGAGAGCAAAGAUGCAAGACCUUGGACAGGACCAUCACUGUCAAUACUUCUUCGAGAUCUACGUCACAUACAGAACAGUAAGGAGAGAUCUGCUAAACUCUUUGAAUGGUUAAUAGCACCUGUUGCUCCAAAAAAGUUCUUCAGUGACAUUUGGGAAAAGACCCCAGCUUUGAUUAGGCGUCACAACAGCAACUACUACAAAGGAUUAUUUUCCUCAGAAGAUUUUGACAGAAUUCUGAGAGAGGACCAUGUUAAUUUUGGAGUAAACCUUGAUGUAACAAGUUACUUUGAUGGGGAAAAGGAAACUCAUACUCCUACUGGCAGGGCAUUACCUGUAGUGGUAUGGGACUUUUACAAGAAUGGAUGUUCUUUGCGGCUGCUGAAUCCUCAAGCCUUUUCCGGAACUGUUUGGAAUAUACUGUCUAUUCUUCAAGAGUCUUUUGGGAGCAUGGUUGGGGCUAAUGUUUAUCUCACUCCUCCUGGGAACCAGGGAUUUGCACCACAUUAUGAUGACAUUGAGGCAUUUGUGAUUCAGCUGGAAGGUAAAAAGUGCUGGCGUGUCUAUGAUCCUAGAUCAAGUGAAGAAGUUCUUCCAAGUAUUUCAAGCCGUAACUUUUCUCAGCAGGAAAUGGGCACUCCUAUUAUGGAUACUGUACUUGAAGCUGGGGAUAUGUUGUACUUUCCAAGAGGCUUUAUCCAUCAAGCGUCCUGCUUGUCUGAAAUACACUCUCUCCACAUCACCCUGUCAACUUACCAGAGGAACUCUUGGGGAGAUUUGCUACAUAAACUUUUUCCUGGUGCCUUGGACUUGGCUAUAGAAGAUGAUGUAGAAUUCCGUGAGGGUUUGCCUCUUGAUUACCUGGACUAUAUGGGAGUUCAGAAUUCUGAAAGGGAGGAUGACCCACGGAGGGAGUCAUUUAAUAAAAAGAUUUAUAAUCUCAUGAGGAAGUUACUCAAAUAUGCACCAAUUGAUGCAGCUGUUGAUCAGAAAGCCAAAGAUUAUAUUCAUGACUGCUUACCCCCUGUACUGACAAAAGAGGAACUAGCCUGCACUGUAUACAGUGCACCAGCCCGAUGGAGAGAUGGUGGGCCACGCAAUGUUGUUCUUCAAAUCCGAGGAAGUACCCGGAUACGAAUGCUUCGCAGUAAUGUUGCCAGAUUAUGUGGUGAGAAUGGCAGCAUAUUGCUGUACUACACGAUAGAAAAUUCCAGAGACUACCACAAGGAGGAUGAAAAAUGCAUAGAAAUUGAUCCAGAGCUUGCUGAUGGGGUGGAGCUGUUGCUUUGCUCGUACCCGCAAUAUAUAAAGGUUGAUAGUCUUCCAGCUGGUAGUCUGGAUGACAAGAUUUCCUUAGCGGCUGCCUUGUACGAGAAAGGUCUGUUGAUGACAGAAUAUCCACUGCUGCCUAAGAGAGACUAAGCUUUUACUAGGAGCUGGACCUUUUUAAGAGUUUCAUAUCCGAUUAUAAUCUAUUACAAAGUUAGCAUAUAAUUGUUCAUUGUACAAAAUACAUUUAAUUUAGAUUUGAUUUAAAUAGAUUUUUUCAGUCAGGCUGAUCUUAGAAGUUGCCCUUCUUUAAUGUAAUAAUUGGAUACUUGUAUCAAAAGAUGAAGCAAAAUCAUACCCACUACUGAGGCAUGAAUGCCUUGUUAACUGUAAUGGCUGUGUAUUCAAUGAUUUGUACCUUUACCCUAACCUGAAGCAUCCUGUCUGUGUAUUGUGCUUUACUUUCUAUGUGGAUGUGCAGCAAAACAUUUAGAUUUAGUUAAGUAGAGACAUGCUCAACAUGCAGAUGAGAAUUGGAAUUAUAGCUUUUAUCAGUUAAUGCCACAAUGUGAGGGGGCUGACAGUGCUCUAAAAAAUAACUAUUAAAACAAAUUAUGUUACCUUAUAGUUGAGUUUCAACCUUCUGUGGAUGGGGGAGAAGAAUGAUUAGUUCAUUUAAAAAAAGAUCAUAUACAGGUAUUUGAACCUUUGCACACCCUUUCACUGAAGGGAUAUGGGAGAGGAUCUAAUACUAUUUGGUUAACACUUUCAAAGAGCCAGCAAAAAUUCCUGGUGGACCAAAUGACCGAUACUCAAUGAUGUAAGUGGAUACUAGCUCGGUUUUUGAAUUGGAUUUAUAAACUGCAUCAUUAAGAACCAUUAAAUUCAUACACUGACAAAGGGUAAUAUGUGAUGACACAUUACUAGGGAUUUAUAGCCUCUUUCAUGCCCUCUGCAUGUCCCAGUAUGCUUUAAAGCCACUGAGUAACAUUUUUAGAUGUGCUUUUUCCUGUUUCAGGCCUGGUUCACACACAGCACACCAUCCAAACAGCUGUGAACUAAAUGCCAAGUUGAUCGGGUUUGAGUAAUACUAGUUGAGGAAUAGAGUGAGGCCAGCUCUCCAGAAGAUUUUAAUUAAUCUUCACUGUAUUGUGGGGCCUUUUACAUCCACAUUGGUCAACAGUUGUCAUGAUUUAGUGUCUCCUGCAAAGUACAACACAAUGUGGCAUUUCCUCAAUACUGAAGUGAAAAGUCAGACAGGAAGUACCUGUCAAUACAGUGUGGAGCUGGAGGAAUACAGCAGCUCAGGCAGCAUCAGAGA